AUGACUUUUCCAAAACCAGAAUUGAUACCAUUGCUCCUUUUGGCCCUUGUAACCCUCUCCUUCACAACCAUGUCCAGCGCAGCUGAUUGCGCUGGCGCCGGUGCUAUUUCGGUUUACUGGGGCCAAAAGUCCAAUGAAACAGAAGGCACCUUACAGAGCCUAUGUUCCAGUGGGAACUACAACAUCGUGAUCCUCGAAAGCCUUCUGGUGUACGAUAAUGGCAGUGAUCCGCAAAUAAACUUGGCCGAACAUUGUGGCAAUUCUUGCUCCAAGCUACAGCCAGAAAUAGAAUACUGCCAAAAAAAUAAAAGCAUCAAAGUGUUCCUUUCCAUUGGCCAAGCCAGAACAGUCCUAAAAACCAAAAACCACCGCCACUACUCCAGCUCCAACAUCACAGCAGCAGAAAACCUUGCAAGCUACCUCUUGGAGAAUUUCCUUAGUGGCAACUCUGGUCCACUGGGAAGCGUAACCCUAGACGGCAUCGACAUUGCUGACGUGCAGGACGGUGAAAACCUAAAAUGGGAUGAAGUUGUUAGGGCCAUUAACGCAUCCACAACAGCCAGAAAAAUUUACUUGUCCGCAUCACCAGAAUGUGUGUACCCUGAUUACUACCUUGGCACAGCAAUCAGCACUGGCCUUUUUGACUACAUCUGGGUUGAGUUCUUCUACCAGAACCCUUGCAUUUACGCAAACGGAGACGCUGCCAAUCUUUUGAAAGAGUGGAACAAAUGGACCACAGGUGUUCCCAAGAGCAAAAUAUUUUUGGGACUGGUGGCUUCCGAUGAGGUAGCAGGGUAUAUACCACCCGAAGAUCUUAUUACUAAGGUUCUGCCAACCAUAAAGCAAUCUUCAAACUAUGGUGGGGUUAUGAUUUGGGACAGAGGUUAUGAUCUGAGUAGUAACUACUCUGCUCAGAUAAAAGACAGCGUUCCAAAAGGUUGUAGAUGUGUGUGUGAUGAUGAUGCAUGGAACGGUUUCUACGGUCUUGGUUCUGCGUCGCUGGGAAUGUUUGGUUGA